CGCGCGGUGCUUGUCGCGCAUCACGGGAGCAGGCCGUGAUCUGACGGCUGGCCUCGGAGGGAGCAUGGCGCUCCUGGCCGUGCGCUUGGUGCUGUUGCUCCUGGCCGGGGACUUGGCAGCCUCUUUGGACUCUUUGAGCUCUGAGUUUGACCAACCUUCAGAAUACAGAACACCAAACUGCAAUCAGUAUAAAUUGCCAGGAUGUCCCAGAGACUUCAGCCCUGUGUGUGGAAGCGACAUGUCCACUUAUCCCAAUGAGUGUACUCUUUGUAUGAAAAUCAGGGAAGAUGGUCAUGAUAUUAAAAUAAUCCGGAGUGGACCAUGUUGAUGGAGCAGUUUAUAGAAGAGAACUCGGAGGAACCACCUUCCACAGUGGUGAGAUUGAGAGGCUGUGCCCUGGAGGCUGCCAGAAGUCGUGACCCCUCACCAUGGAGAAAGACUGUAGCAGGAGGGUAGGAGGCCAACAUGCCAAGGGAAGUGGAGACAAAAAAGACCUAGAGGAUCUUGGUAAAAGUCAACAUUCUGGUUCUAGGGCUGAGGGCUCCUGUUUUGGGCCUUGCCGUGGCUUAGGCUUAGUUGGUCAACUUUUCCUUUGAUUUUGUGAGCUGGCCC